GAGGUGGGCCUCGUGACGUGAGAGCGUUCUCCUGCGUCCCUGAAUCAGAGAACUACACUUCCCAGAAACCCUUGCGCUCAGGGGCGUGGCGUCGUGCCUUGAAAACGGCGGGAGUUCGAACACCGCCUUUCAGAGCCGAGGCAGGUGAGGUGGAGAGAGGGGCUCUCGGAGAAGCGCAGUCACUCAGUGCUGAGGCCGAGGAAGAGAGAAUGGAUCCGGUGGUGCUGGAGGAGCUGAAGCGUCGGGCCUCGUGCGGGAUCGAGGCGUGUUCGGGGCGCCUGUGGGGGCUGAGCCGGGAGAUCUGGGGGGCGCCGGAGCUGGCCUACCAGGAGCGUCGGGCCCACGAGGCGCUGGCCGGCUUCUUCUCGGGCUGCGGCGGGUGGCGGGUGCAGCGGAGCUACAAGCUGGAGACGGCCUUCCGGGCGGAGUGGCAGUGGGGCCCCGGAGGAGCAGGAGGCGGCGGCGGCGGCGAGGAGAAGGAGAACGCUGCUGCUGCUGCUGCCUCCCCCGAGGCCUCCUCUUCGUCCUCCUCCUCGGAGCCGGUGCUCCGCGUGGGCUUCCUGUGCGAGUACGACGCCCUGCCCGGCCUGGGCCAUGCCUGCGGACACAACCUCAUCGCCGAAGUGGGCGCCGCCGCCGCCCUGGGACUCAGGGCCGCCCUCCAGGGGAGCCAGCCCCAGCCACAAGGGGGGCACCCCGCCCCCGCCGUCAAGAUCAUAGUCUUGGGCACUCCUGCUGAAGAAGAUGGAGGCGGCAAGAUAGACUUAAUUAAAGCCGGGGCGUUUGAUGGGCUAGAUGUGGUAUUCAUGGCUCAUCCCUCCCAAGAAGAUGCAGCUUAUUUGCCAGAUGUAGCAGAACAUGAUGUGACUGUGAAAUACUUUGGAAAAGCUUCUCAUGCUGCUGCUUACCCUUGGGAAGGAGUAAAUGCAUUAGAUGCUGCUGUUCUUGCAUACAACAAUCUGUCAGUUUUAAGACAGCAAAUGAAACCAACAUGGAGAGUUCAUGGUGAGAUGUUCAUUAAAUCUUAUGUCCAGCAAGUAAUACUUCAGCACUGUUUGAGAAAAUGUUAUAUCUGGCAUGCUAAUGAUCAAAUGCAAGGGGCUGUACUUAUUUUGUGACAAACCUGCAGUUUGUUCCUUAAGUAGAAAGUGUUUAAAAGCUACACAGGUUUGGGAAUUGUUCACCUAAAACCCUACAGUUGUUCAUGCAAUAAACUAACAGAUGCCUAACUUAAGUUGUUGAGUGUUCAUAUAGAUCAGUGAUGGUGAACCUUUUAGAGGCCAAGUGCCCAAACUGCAACCCAGAACCCACUUAUUUAUUGCAAAGUGCCAUUUCCCUUUGGCUUUCUAGUAACAAACUCUGGCAAACUCUGUGCUGAGGCGACAGCACAUGUGCUCACAGAGAGGGCUCUGAGUGCCACCUCUGGCACACAUGCCAUAGGUUCGCCAUCACUGAUAGUGGCUGGUAUUGAGUUGGUUAUGUGCUAGUACAGCAAACACCUACAAUUGUGUAUUUAUAAUAACAGGGAGAAACCUCACAUUUCCACUGCUACAUUGAAGUUUCCAGUUUGUGCUUCUUAUCUGAUGGCAUGUGUGUG